AUGGGAGAGCCUUCAGCGGGGGCCCUGGGGGAGGCGGUCGUCCAGCAGACAAGCAUGAUGGGCCCGAGCCAGACCCCAGACGCGGAAACAAAACGAGCAGCAACAAGGGGACAAGCCCGGCUUGCGGAUUGGUCGCGCUUUCGAGAGUCCAAGGAUCCUCAACUCAAUUCGCCUAUAGAAGAAUAUGAGAAGUGGGCUGAAUCGCUGCUAGCUGCCAGGGAGAAAGUCACGAAAACGCUGCAGACCUCAGAGGAUGUCCCGGCAGUUGACAAUCACCUGCUCCACCUUUGGGAGGCCAGGAGAGGCCUCACCAGAAGAUGGAAGAAGCAAAAACUAAAUCGCAAGCUUAAAAUCAAAAUCGCUGAAAUCACACAACAAGCAGAGGAAUACGCGUGGACCUUGGCCAAGAACAACUGGCUAACCAAGUGCGACUCACUGAGAGGCGGGCUUGGCGCCAAGUCCGCGUGGAACCUCCUGCGAUGCCUGAUCGAGCCCAGCAAGACGAGGGGAGAGCAAAAGCGGAACCUGAAGAGAGCACUCCACGGCUAUGCAGGAACGGAUGAGCAGCUGGUGACAGCCCUCGCGAGCAAAUACCUCUGUACGACCAAAGAUGACGAACCUGUGCUACAUUAUCAAGGCAAGGAUAAUCCGGAACUCGACAGAGACUUCGAUAAAGAAGAAAUACAGGCGGCGUUACUAAGCAUGAGAAGAGGUACGGCGCCAGGACAUGACAAAAUCACAGUAGGCUUGCUUGCCAACAUGAACAAGAAGAUGCUAAGCCACCUGACGGUUUACAUCAAUGAGUGCUGGAGAACUGGCAAACUCCCCCUGGCGUGGAAAUCGGCAUACGUCAGCUUUAUCCCUAAGCCGGGCAAAGAAGUAAGCAUUAACAACCUCCGUCCGAUUUCGCUCACUUCAUGUGCCGGCAAGCUGAUGGAGAAAGCAGUGCAUACCAGGCUUUCAGCGUAUUUGGAGGAAAACGAUUUGAUGCCCCACACCAUGUUUGGCUUUCGGGAGCGCCUAUCCACGCAAGACGUACUGUUGCAGCUCAAGAUGGAAGUUAUUGACCCACCCAGCAAACGCAAUAGUAGAGCCAUCUUAGCCCUGGAUCUCAAGGACGACAAGAUGAAGCCCCGGUAG